AUGUAAAAGUAAUUUUUUGAUAGAAUAGGAAUAGUGUUAAUAGUAGUUAGAAAUAAAAAUAACUAAUAUUUAGCUGUUUUAGAAACAAAAAAUAGAGGAUGGUGGUUACCAGGAGGUAGAGUUGAUCCUGGAGAAUAAUUUGAAAAGGCAGCUUUAAGAGAAACUCUUGAAGAAGCAGGAAUUAAUGUAACUUUGAAAGGAGUGUUAAGAGUUGAAUAAGACAUUGAUUAAUUUAGUUGUUUUAUGAGAAUCAAAAUAGUUUAUUAUGCAGAGCCAACUGAUUAAAAUUAAGUGCCUAAGAAAAUAGCAGACAAAGGUAUUAAAUAAUAACAAUUAAUUUUAAAUAGAAUCUGAAAUGGCUACAUGGGUUGAUUAUAAUAAAUUACAUGAAUUGGGAAAGACAAAAGAAGGUUGGAGAGGAUUAGAAUUACAAUAAUGGGCUAAUUAUAUUGAAUAAGGAGGGAAUAUUAUGCCAUUAUGUACUGUUAGUAAAGAGGGAGCAAAUGUAGAAAUGGCUAAACCAUUUACCAUAAAGGAAAUAAAAUAAAAUUGA